AUAUUUUCCUGAAAUGGCAUUAUAGUAUAAUUUAUAGCAGAAGCGAAUGAUUGUUGUAAAUAUUGCCUGCCAUUUGCUGCAAUGGACCCCGCGGCUGAAACCGACUAUGGUAUGGCAAUCCUCGCCGAAGGAACGGCAACAUACUCGGAGCCAAUCGUUGAUAUUGUUGCCGUCCAAGGACUGGGAUCACACCCGUACUGGACUUGGAUGCGUAAUGGCACCAACUGGCUUCAGGAUCUCCUUCCCAAAGUAGUGCCAGGUGCCCGUAUCUCAGCAUGGGGUUGCAACACGCAUUAUGUUGGGCGUGUACCACAGUACAAUCUGUAUCAAUGUGGCAGCAGUCUGCUGAGGUCUCUUGAUUUGCAUAGGAGCAAAAACAAGGCGCGACCACUUAUUCUCAUCGGCCAUAGCUUUGGCGGCAUAAUUAUAAAGAAGGCUCUCGUCACUGCAGCACUUGAUACAGACAAGUACUCUCUCCUGUGUGAGUCCGUGGUUGGUAUCAUAUAUCUCGGCACACCGCACACCGGGACCACGGCCGCGACAGCAGCAAAUAAGAUCUUAACAAUUGUGAAGUCUAUAGACUUGGCCAUGGUUAACCUGUCCAUUAUACAAGAGUUAGAGAAAGGAUCUAGUACACUAUUCGAGCUGCAGAGUAGCAUGCAUGCCCGUUAUAAGCACUGCAAAGUGAUUUGUUUCUAUGAAACUGUACCUGACAGUAAGACCAAGGUGAUGAUUGUGCCGCAAGAGUCGGCUUGCUUGGCCGACAGCAGUGAUGGAUGUGCUUUGGAGACAGACCACAGCGGAAUGAAUAAAUUUGAUAGUGCGCACGAUACUAAUUUCAUUAAAAUCAGCGAAGCAAUUAAGUCCUUUUAUCAAUUGGCAAAACAAAGCGACUUUAGAGUUAGCCUCGGUGGACUUCGGGGAGAAGGAAAGGUGUUACAAAGGAAAGGUGGCUAUCCUCGCCGAACUCUUUCGAAAUACUUUAGUGGUAGGGAGAAAGAGCUUGGUCUCAUAGACGCCGCUUUUAAGGACGAAGAUGAAGAGGAUGAUUCCCCAAUCACAGUAGCCAUCUACGGGAUGCAUGGGAUGGGCAAGACCCAAGUUGCACUUGCCUAUAUCCGUAGGAGCAAACGGAAAAGAGACGAUGUUAUCUGGGUUGAUGGAGAUAGCUUUGAGAGCGCACGUGCGAGCUUUAUUGGGACUCUUGGCCUCUCCUCUGGCGAUCCGGAUGCUAUUUCCAAAACUUGCAGGUGGUUGGAAGAAAGGGCGGAAAGUGGAGGGAAAGGGUGGUUACUUGUAAUCGACAAUUUCACAUCCCAUGCUGUCUCUUUCUUUGAACACCUCCCAACGGAUGCGCCGGCGGGUAGGAUACUGAUUACUACAAAUGAAGAGGAUCUUGCAAAUCUAAAAACCACAGAUUCGGGACGAAUCCAGAGGUGCAUUCCUCUGGAAAAAAUGGAGGAAUCGGACUCUUUGAAUUUAUUUCUUAAAAGCUGUGCAUUACCGCCCACAAUCGAGACAAAGGAAGAGACGAAAGAUCUAGCAAGAGAAAUCCUUCACCUUCUCGGUAACUUACCCAUCGCCAUUGCCCAGGCGGCCUCUUACCAGAAAAGAGAUGGUCGACAUCUGGAAGGUCUCUUGGAGGUACUGAGCAAUAAAGAUGGCAAGAUGAAGGUUCUGGGCCACCGCUACAGUGCUAUAGAUACUUCGAUACGCCCUUUGGCAAAACUCUUUAAUGUUGCAUUCUCAGAGCUGGAGGAAUCAUGUCAUGACCGAGCGGAUCUCCUGCGGCUACUGUCAUUUUUGUGCCCCGAUAAUAUACCCAUUCGGCUGUUCUCAUCAUUCAAGUACGAAGAAAUAGCUACUCCUUCAAUGGGAACACGAAAAAAAUCCAUUUGGAGUUGUUUCAGACGACAAACAAGAGCCACCCCUGCUAUCCAAAAGCCCCUAUUGUGUCGAAAUGUCAGGAAUUUGCUUGGAGAUACGACGAGACGACAAGAGGAACUUUAUCAGCUCAAAAAAGCAUCUUUGCUAGAGCAGGCAGUAGAAGGAGAUCAUACGACUGGACUGUCAUACACCAUGCAUGAUCUUAUCUGCUUCCUCAUUCAGAGCCUUGGGGUAGCUCCUGACACGGAAUUAACCUGGUUUACCCUCGCAUCAGAUAUUCUCUACGCAGCGAUGACCGAACAGCUAGAACCAAAAUCCGAACAAUUUUUGUUGAACCGAGCGAUGUGUGUACCGCAUAUCACCGCACUGGCGCGUCUCGACGUGCUGGGGCGCUACCGAGUACCACAGUUUGCGUAUAUUUGCCAUCUAGCAGGCGACUACUUUUACGACACCUACGAGGCGGCCGAGGCGGUAAACAUGUACAAUAUAGCUGUAUUUGAUCGGGAGAGGGCAUAUGAGGAAGGGUUGGAGCUGGAUGAAUAUAAUCUCCUCGUGUCAUUAAAGGACUUGGGAGAUGCGGAGCGCGAGCUGGACAACUACGAGGCGGCCCAGAAACACUUUGAUCGAGCGCUGACGGGUUGGACUGCCAUUAUGGGUCCAGAUGCCCCUGUUACUCUUCAGUUGCGCACAAACAUGGCAAUGCUAGCUGGAACUCAGGCCCAAUAUGCUACUGCGGAGGAGCAGUAUAAUAAGGUCAUACAAAGUAUGGGACGCGCAAUGGAAACGGAAACAGAACUGUCCUACGCGAAAGAGGGCCUGGCAGUGAUAUAUCGAAUGCAAGGACUGUAUGUCAAGUCAGCCGAAUGCCUUCAAGAGGUCUGCGACAUGCAGAAGCGCGACCAAAGCCUACAUGAAUAUCAUCCCCAGUUGAUACAAAGCCAGCAAAACCUAGCCAUCGCGUAUUUCGAUCUCGGCCGCUACCACGAGGCCGAAAGACUGCUCAUUAACAUUCUGGAGAGAUGUAAGGAGAAGUAUGAUGACACCCACGAAAUCACCAGAGGGGUCGCGAUGAACUUAGCGAUGGUUUGGGUGUAUCAAGGCCGCUUCGAGGAUGCAGAGGGCAUGGCGCUGCGUGCCAUCGAUCCCUCCAUGAUGGGCUUUGACCCGAUCAAAGAAUGCACCCGCUCCAAGCGGCCGUACCUAAUCGACGCGCUUGAGAUUCUGGCGCGGACACAUGAGGAUCUACACAAGAACGCCGAAUCCGAGGCAGAAUAUAAUGUGGUGCUUCAAUCGCGCAAGUCUGUCCUGCGGCCAGACCAUCACUUCAUCUUCCGAGCGAAAGAGGGUCUGGCGCGGGUCUAUGGAGAUUCUGGACCAGAGAAAGCAAGCCGCGCUUUCGCGAUAUUUGAGGAAGUGCUGGAUAAUCAUAGAAAGGAGUUGGGAAACGAGCACCCGGACACGCUGCUUACGCUGCACAAUUAUGGGACUUUUCUGAAGAGGCAGGGAGAGAAGAAUGUGGGAAAAGCUCAGCGGGUCCUGGAGGCGGCGUUUGAGGGGAGGACGCGUGUGCUGGGGCCGGAGCAUCCGCUUACUUUGGUGAGUAAGGCCUCUCUCGCGGGGAUGGAAGUAGUGGAAUAAGGGGACGUGUAAAUAGAAAAACCGGUGAUGCUAUGAACUAUAGAGACACUUGGAUAUCAAAAAUUAGUCUUGUACAGCACCUUGUUGGCUAGUGCCAUGAUGUACUCUCUAUACUCCGUAUAGACGAAGACGAUACAAGAACAGAGACAGC